AUGGGAAUAUGUAUCAGGUCGAGUUUCAUUUGUGGAGCACAAUUUCAGAUUAGGUCGAUCCCAGUUGACAUUCAGGUCAAGGUUUUUUCCUCAAGGGAAGAUGAAAGUCUUGGAUUUGGAAAAAGGAGUCCCAGCAAAACAAGUGGCUUUACUUCUCCAAUUCUCGAAAGUAAUAUCAGGUGUUGUUUCCUAAGUUAUGAGAUCCAUUUUGACGGAUAA